AUGGCCAGUGGACCAACCGACCCAGCUUUGCGAUCUAAUCUCGAGUCUGGUCGGUGCGGUCUUCUUGCCCAAUACUUAAGGAUGGGGCUGGUAGUCCAUUUUGAGGACUGGUUGCUCUUCAAGGCAUGGGCGCACGCAAAAGAAAGACCGUUUUCAGGUCAAGAAGAGAGUGAAGAGAAAACGCGUGCAAAUAUUGGAGUGCAGGUGCGGGUGGCCAGCCGGACAGAAGAGGGCAAAUAA